AUGCAAUGUUUUGAUACUAAAAUACAAUGUGUGAAUUCUAAGGAAUGUAUAAAUUCAAUUGAUCUUUGUAAUGGUCGUGUAGACUGCAAAGAUGGUUCCGAUGAAUCGCUGGAGUUAUGCAUUAAUUUUCGUUGUGUGGGCUUUACAUGUGGUUAUGGUGGAUGUAUUAGUAGUAAUGCUAAAUGUAAUGGUAUAAAAGAGUGUGCUGAUGGCUCAGACGAGGCCUGGCAGUUGUGUACAACACCACGAAAAUUCGAUAUUCAAACAAUUGUAACACCGACUGCAAAUGUAAAUCCAGCUAAUAUAGCUAUACAAACAUCCGCCCAAUGCAUUAUACCAAAUAUACCAGAACUAGAGGAUUUGAUAUUUAAGCUACAUCCUCUAAAUGAAACUAUUCGAAUAGGUUCAUUUGUGAAUGAUUUCGAAAUCAUACAUAUCGAAUGCCAAAACAAUUAUUUUUUAAAAGGUCAAACCAGUCUUAUGUGUGAAAAUGGUAAAUGGAAUUUUGAUUUUCCUUCCUGUAAGGGCUAUUGUGAUGGUGCACGCUUGAGCGGUCUUUCCAUACGGGCUGUUUGUAAUUAUGGAAUACGUUUUGCGGAGUGUCCUAAAAGAAUUCCUUCUGGUACUAAAAUUAAACUUUAUUGUAACUUUGGUUACACUCGUAAUCCGAAUGUUCCACAAUUAAUACAAUGCUUACCAGAUGGCAGUUUCGAUGCAAAUCCUCAGCCCUGCAUUCACAGUUGUGGCAUGGUAUCUUCUUUUAUGUUCCCCCUAUAUACCCGUGCUAUUCACAUAAAACCUAGCCCAGCACCGUGGCACGUAUCUAUACAUGAAUAUAAUGGUAUUAAUUACAACUACAUUUGUAGUGGAUCUAUUGUUUCUCCUCGUGUUGUAAUAAUCGAUCAUUUAGGUUAUACUAUUUAUCUUAGCCUUCUUUCUUAGCCGCCCAUUGCUUUUGGAAUGAAUUAACUUUAACUAUAAAA